CAUAAAGCCAAGUUUGGGAAGUUUACAUGUGUCUCUCAAGACAUGAACCAACCAUUUGAACUCAGAAUCGAACUCGAGAUCACACCUUUGUGAGAGAGAGAGCGAAUUUUCAAUUGAGGCAAACUGUUCAUCAAUGACAGACUGCAUCUACACAAGAACAAUGGACCAGCAACAACUCUACGAGGAUGCCACAGCGAUCAGCUAUCAACAGCUCUCUGCAGAGCUCCAGGCUGAAAAAGAUAACAAUUAUUAUCUUCAGCUGCAAUUCGCUUCACGUGAGAUCAACCUGAGCUUUGAGGAGGAGCAGGUGAACCACCUUAAGAAUGAAGUGGUCAGACUGGUGCUCCUAAACGGGUCCCUCCAGCAACAAGUAGAGACUACUGCACUUCUUCAGUGGGAAAAAAACAACCUGCAGGAAGAAAACCGCACCUUACAGGAUCAGGUGCACGUCCAAACAUGUUCCCUCCAGCAACAAGUGGAGCAUACUGCACUUCUUCAGUGGCAAAAUAGCAACCUGCAGGAAGAAAACCGCACCUUAAAUGAUCGGAUUCUCGUCCAAACGGGGUUCCUCCUGAAACAAGUGGAGGAUACUGAACUUCUUCAUUGGCAAAAUAGCAACCUGCAGGAAGAAAACCGCACCUUACAGGAUCAGGUGUUCGUCCAAACGGGGUCCCUCCAGCAACAAGUGGAGAAUACGACGCAGCUUCACGAGGAAAAUAACACCCAGCAGGAUGAAAACAGCCCACUGCAUGAGGAGAACCGCAUCCUGCAGGAGAAGCUGACCCAGAAUAACACCGAAGUGGUCAGACAGAGCCUCCAAAACGAGUUCCUCCAGAACCAAGUGGACCACUUGAAUAAGCUCCUGGAAGAGAAAGACAGCACCCUACAGGACGAAAUCCGCACCUUGCAGAAUGGAAAUAGCACCCUGCAGGACAAAAUCAGCACCUUGCAGAACGAAAAUAGCACCCUGCAGGACAAAAUCAGCACCUUGCAGAAUGAAAAUAGCACCCUGCAGGAUGAGGUGCUUGUCGAAACAGGGUCCCUCCAGAAACAAGUUGAGAAAACUGCACUUCUUCGAGAUGAAAAUAGCGCCCUGCAAGACGAAAUCCGCACCUUGCAGAAUGAAAAUAGCACCCUGCAGGAUGAGGUGCUUGUCGAAACAGGGUCCCUCCAGAAACAAGUUGAGAAAACUGCACUUCUUCGAGAUGAAAAUAGCGCCCUGCAAGACGAAAUCCGCACCUUGCAGAAUGAAAAUAGCACCCUGCAGGAUGAGGUGCUCGUCCAAACGGGGUCCCUCCAGAAACACAUGGAGAAUACUACGCUGCUUCGGGAGGAAAAUAACACCCUGCAGGAUAAAAUCCGCACCUUGCAGAAUGAAGAUAGCACCCUGCAGGAUGAGGUGCUCGUCGAAACAGGGUCCCUCCAGAAACAAGUUAAGAAAACUGCACUUCUUCGUGAGGGAAAUAGCGCCCUGCAAGACAAAAUCCGCACCUUGCAGAAUGAAAAUAGCACCCUGCAGGAUGAAAACUGCACCUUGCAUAAUGAAAAUAGCACCCUGCAGGAUGAGGUGUUCGUCCAAACAAGGUCCCUCCAGAAACAAGUUGCGAAAACUGCACUUCUUCGAGAGAAAAAUAGCACCCUGCAGGAUGAGAUGAGCGAUCUCAAAGAGGCUCACAAAUCCAGCCUAGAAAAGCUCCAGGCUGUUCAGGAGGUCAAUCAGGGCAUCCGAACUGAACUCGAGGACCCCAGCGACUUUCACGACGUGAACGUGAAGAUGCUUACCAACAAGCAGCAGAAAAGCAAGACCCAAACCGAGUCUCUCCAGAAAGAAGUGGCAAACUUGAGUGAUGACCUUCAGAACGAUAACAGCAGCAAACAGAAAAAGAGGAGAAGAAAGCAGAAAGGAGCAGGACAGUGUCUCUAAAUGAAACCACAUUGCGGUUUCAUGUGUAUAUAUAUAUGCAUAUAGUGUAAUGUGCAUAUAUAUGUAUAGUGUAAUGUGUGUAUAUAUAUGUAUAUAGUGUAAUAUGCAUAUAUAUGUACAGAGUGUAAUGUGUA